CAGACCGGAAGACUUAUCCAGCACCUUAGCCAGCACCAAGGUCCUCCCUCCCUCUGGUGUGCAUCUGAGCAUCCUAUCACCUGGGCCCAGGUAAGCCCCUGAGCAUGUCGACGCUGCUCCUGAUCUGUGGGACGGCGGCCGCCACUUUCUUCACCUGCCUGGAUGGCUGGUACCUGCUGAGGAUGCCCUUCGCUUACCUGUAUGCCAGGUGGCUGCUGCCCAGAAUCGCUGACCCUUUGCAAGAGCAGCAGUACCGCAGCUGGGUGCUGCCUUCCGACUUGGACCUCCUGGUGCACAUGAACAAUGCCCGGUACCCCCGUGAGGCUGACAUGGCCCGUUGCGUGUACAUGGUCCGUUGCGGGAUCUUCCAGGCUAUCCGGGCCCUCGGGGGCCGCACCAUGCUCUCCGCCUCCUGCUGCCGCUUCCGGCGUUCGCUGCACCUGUUUGAACGUUUCACCAUCCAGACACGCAUCCGAGGCUGGGACCACCGAGCGUUUUUCCUGGAGCAGCGCUUUGUCAGCGCCCGGGACGGCUUCGUUUGCGCCGUGUUGUUGGUGCGACAACACGUGACGGGCACCACGCCGCGCACGGCAGUGGAGCAGGUGUGCCGGCGGAAGGUUGAAUCCCCAGCCCUGUCGGAAGAGAUCCAACAUUGGUUGAGAUACAACGAAGCCAGCAGCCAGAACCUCAGGAUGGAAAGCAACGUCCAAGAAAAGAGCAAAGCCCCCUGAUGGGGCAGCUCCAAAAGCAUCUCCCUCAACCAUCUUCCAGACCAGGCUUCCAUUCCCAAAGGAUCAGGCAGGAUUUGCCAUCUCUUCUUGGCUGUGGGCACCUGAAGGAAAAGCUGGAAUGGCUGGACUUGAAGGUUCUCGUCAACAUACCCCAAUUGGCCACUUGGAUGGAGGGCAGGAGCUCCAAAGGCCCCGGGAAAGAGGGGGCAGACGUCCAAGCAACUGCUCUCCUCAUCAGGACUCAUGUUCAACACUCGUGUGUAGCCCUUGGCAACCGCUUUAGACAGCAGCAACACAAGUGAAUUUUGUGGUAUUCAGCCAGGCCGAGAGAAAGGAAGAGACUCCAUUCUUAAAAUGGCAUGAUGACCAAGAUGAGUUUAAACUCAGUUGCAUGCCAGUUCUACAAAGGAGAAAGUCACUUCUUAAUUCUCUUCCUCUCCUCUCCUCUCCUCUCCUGUCCUCUUCUCGUGUCUUCUCUUCUCUCCUCUCCUCUUCUCUGCUCUCUUCUUCUCUCCUCUU